AUGCGUAGUGGUAUCCAGACGGAGAUCGAGACGCUCCUCGACCGCAAGACCAUGCUCCAGGAGAAGAUGGCGAAGCAAGAGUGCACCCGCAUCAUCGAGGACCAGCUCCAGGGCAUCUAUGAGAUCCUCAAGGGCCUUCAGACGUGCAACGUGCAGAUCGGCGCCAAGAGCUUGAGCGCGGUCACGGUGCCCAGCGAGAACAACCACAACGAGAUGGAGGUCGGCGGGCCAAUCCGCCCCAAGUGGAAAGAGGACGACCCAGGCAUUUGGGCACACUACAGGUGGCAGCACAAAGAUCCCAGCCUCUGGGUGGACUACAUCAAGAAGGCAGGGAACAGCUCCGACGAGAUCACUGCCAAUAUCGCCCACCUGGCAGCGGAGGAGGCGUGCGCCGAGGGACGAGCUCGGCGCCGCACUCCAGCGGCCGUGGGCGCCGCAGGCGCCCUGCUCCGCGCGGCCGCGGCCUCGGCCGCCACCACGAUCGCCUCUGCCACCGUGGUAGAGCUGCAAGUUCUUGGUCCUGCCGCUCUCCGGGAUUCGUCCAUGUCGGCGCCCACGUCGAUCCCGCCGGCGAGCUCGUCGCACCCCUCUGUGCGCGAGCUCGGCGGCACGGCCCCCGCAGCGAUGCCCUCGGCCGCCGACUCGCGCAUGAACCAGCCGGCGAUGGAGAUGCAGCCUGGCACCUCGUCCCGGCGGCUGAGCCUGCUGAGCGCCCUCUGUAUGCGGGUCCGGCUGUUGCGAACCAGUGCUGUCACGCGGCAAGGGCAGGAGAUGCCGUCCCCCCCCGCCGUGCGGCCCGCGUCUGUCCGCUUCUCGCACGUGCACAUCUACGCGGACUCCCUGCGUCCAGUGGAGGAGAUCAAGGGGCUGAGCGGCAGCGGCGGCGGCUUCGACCUGCCCGGCGGGCGGGCGCUGUGGACGCGGCUCGCGCAGGAGCACGGCAGCCCAGUGACCGGCGAGAGGGACCCAGAGGCGUGGUCACCGUCGGCCCAGGACGUCGUCGAGCAGCUGCUGGUGGGUCUCGGCUGGCGCGUGACGGGGGCGUGCACGUCGAAGGACACGCGCUCGGUGCUGGUCACCAGCCCCGACCCCGACGGCGUGAAGGUCGUGGUGACCGCCCACGCCCAGAACGGCAUGGGCGACCUCCGGGGCUCGGAGCACGAGGGCAGCCCGGCCAAGAGGGCCAAGGCAUUUGGCUCGGACCCCGUCGGCCGUGAGACCCCCGCCGCUGACAGGUUCUCGUGA